UGCGAGCUGCCCACCCCCCCGAUGUGUGCACUUUCUUGAUGGGGACCCAGAAGGAGUUGCUUCCGAGGAGACCUGCCGGGACUCCUGUGCAUGGCAUGAUUUGGGGUUGCCGCGCCGGGAGGAGGAGGAGGAGCAGCAGCAGCUCUCUUCUGCUGCGCGCCCGCCGCAUCACGCCCUUCUUGUUCUGGAUUAGCGGAUUCGGGGGGGGACUUUAACCCGCUGCCGCCUCCACGCUGCUCUGGGUUAAGGAUCGCGUUUACACGGAAUCUCAGCGUGGCACUCGCGGCGGGCAGGCGCCACUGGAAAGAGCAUCAUGGCGGAAGGCACGGACGUGGCCUCACUGGAGGAGAGCUUCCGGAAGUUUGCAAUCUAUGGCGACACCAAAGCCACGGGGCAAGAAAUGAAUGGGAAGAACUGGGCCAAGCUGUGCAAAGACUGCAAAGUCAUUGAUGGCAAAGGGGUCACCAGCACAGAUGUGGACAUUGUCUUCACCAAGGUGAAAGGGAAGACCGCCAGAGUCAUCAACUAUGAGGAGUUCCAGAAGGCCUUGGAGGAGCUGGCCCCAAAGAGGUUUAAGGACAAGGGCAAGGAGGAAGCCUACCAAUCCCUGUGCCAGCUGGUGGCAGGCAAAGAACCAGCCAACGUGGGGGUCACUAAAGCCAAAGCGGUGGGCGCCGUGGAGAGACUGACCGACACAUCCAAGUACACCGGCUCCCACAAGGAACGCUUUGAUGAGAGCGGCAAGGGCAAAGGCAAGAGCGGGCGCGAGACCAUUGUGGACAGCAGCGGCUACGUGGCGGCCUACAAGAACGCGGGCACGUAUGAUGCCAAAGUGAAGAAAUAGGAGCGGCUGCCGCUUGGUCCCGGUUUGGAGUGGGAGGCUACCCCCAUGAUAUGCUUCUCUCGUGGGGGCUGGUUUCCCCUGGUCUGCUCCCACUGCCUCAGCGCUAAUAGCUGGAAGGGGUGCCUGCCCUCCAGGCAGUUGGUGUGGCGCCCCCUGCCUUGGCUUCUCCCUCUUAUACACACCCAAACUUGCGACUGAGACACCCAGCUAUCAAGGGCCUGUACACCUCCCCUCUUUCCCUCCCACACUCUUUCCUGGCCUUCUUCUGCUUCCAAAGAUUUCCCCCCUUGCUCUGUUCGCUAGCGCUAAUAAUGGGGCAUUGCUUUUCAUGGGGGAAAAUGCAUACCUUGUCAAACCUCUGCUGGCCAAAGAGAAAGCCACAGAGCUUCUGCCAAGAGAACAAAAUGGCGGCUCUGCCCACCUUUCCCAGGCUUCUUGUGACCCCACAGCCCUCGUUCCACCAGUGAUAAAGCUCACUCCGCACUUGCAAGAAGGGCUCCCACCCUGUGGUGUAGCAUUUCCGCGCUUUGAAUUGUAUACAAAAAGCUGUGUCUAAAUAAAGUACUACUACAACGAA